AUGCUGAAAAAUUGUUUAAAUAAAUUCUUAUCUUUUAACAGUACUAAAAGGUUACAAUUUCUCAUAACACAUUAUAGUAUGUCUUUUGAAGGAUUUGGUACUGCUGCUAUUCAUGUUGGUCAAGAACCAGAAAAAUGGGAUAUGAUGCAAGUUGUACCACCAAUUUCUCUUUCAUCAACUUUUAAACAACCAAGACCUGCUGAACCUAAAGGACAUGACUAUUCAAGAGCUGGUAACCCAACUAGGGAUGUUCUUCAAGAAUGCCUUGCUGCACUUGAAGGAGCAAAAAAAUGUUACACAUUUGCUUCUGGACUUGGAGCUACUAUGUCAUUAGCUAAUAUUCUUAAAUCUGGUGAUCAUAUUAUAUGUUCAGAUGAUGUAUAUGGAGGUACUAAUAGAUAUUUUAAAAGAGUAUCUGUACCAAAACAUGGAAUUGAACUUUCAAUGGUUGAUUUAACAAAUUAUGAUGAACUCAAAAAUUCAUUUAAAGAGAAUACAAGAAUGGUAUGGUUUGAAUCACCAUCUAAUCCAUGUCUUAAAGUUGUUGAUAUUGCUGAAGUUGUUAAAGUAGUUAAAGCUUUCAACAAAGAUAUUAUUGUUGUUGUUGAUUCUACUUUCCUUACACCAUAUUUUCAAAGACCACUUUCACUUGGAGCUGAUGUUGUUAUUCAUUCAAUUACAAAAUAUUUAAAUGGUCAUUCUGAUGUUGUUAUGGGAUGUGUUAUGACAAAUGAUGAUAAGAUUGCAGAACAUCUUUUCUUUAUGCAACUUGCUGUUGGAGCUGUUCCAUCACCAUUUGAUUGUUUCCUUGUUAAUAGAGGUCUCAAAACUCUUCAUCUUAGAAUGAAAUGUCAUCAAGAAAAUGGAUUGGCUGUUGCUAGAUAUUUAGAAUCUGAUCCAAGAGUAAGAAGAGUUCUUUAUCCUGCUCUUCCUUCUCAUCCACAACAUGAAAUUCAUAAAAAACAAACAACUGGAAUGUCUGGAAUGCUUAGUUUUUAUUUAAAAGGAGGACUUGUUGAAUCGAAGAAAUUUUUAGAAGCACUUAAAAUAUUUACAUUAGCAGAAUCUCUUGGAGGAUAUGAAAGUUUAGCUGAGUUACCAGUUAUCAUGACACAUGCUUCUGUACCAGAAGAAGAACGUAAUAAACUUGGAAUUGAUGAAUCACUUAUUAGACUUUCAGUUGGUUGUGAAGAUGUUGAAGAUUUAAUUAAAGAUCUUGAUAAUGCUCUUACUGCUGCCUUAUCAUGUUAA